AUGAAAGCCAUAUGUUCGACCGUUUAUGCUUUGAAACUGUUGGAGUUCUUCCCGUGGAUGGAUGAUGUGUUCAAAUUAAUGUACCUGAAUAGGUCUUGGAAGAGGGUCAUCCUGGACGUGAUAAACAAUACGAAUUUUUUAAGGAGGAAAAAAAUAAUGCGACUGAAAAAUAGGAGAAGCAUUUUGCUGAUUCUCAAGUACAUGAGGGGGGUCUCCCCGGUUGGGGAUGACUUGCCCACACCGAUCGACCGAGUUGAAUAUCCAUUCGUCGACAAUAUAAACCAGUGCCCCUUCCCCAAUGUUCUUGAACUAAUUAUUGGCUCGUGUAACCCUAACCCGUUGUUCUUCAACUACAUUCAGAAUAGCUUUCCCCGGCUGAUGUGCUUCAAGCUAAUUAUAACGUCGCCCGUGUGCAUCCCUCUUAUAAAAAACUUUUGUUUCAACUCCAAGAACCUCAGGUACAUAAUAAUAAGCAUUGUGAACCAACAGCUGGUUACAGACUACCGGGAGAAGUUGGAGAAGAACCUGAGCAACUUCUUUCGCCAGUGGGGCAUAAACAUCACGCUUAUAACGGAGCUGGGCUCGUAG